UUCAAUUAUACAUGGAAAUAUGAGUAGGUUUUAUUGCACGGCUGGGAGAGGGACAGAAACGUUUGCCUGCAGCGAAUGCAAGACCAUUUUUAGGACUAAUGAGGUGUCAGCAAUAGAUGGAAAAGUGUUUUUCACCUGUAAUCGAAAUAUUACAGCUGAGCAAAUCAAUAGAUUGAAGACGGUGGAAAGAAUAUUUGUCAGAAUUAAUUAUUUGCCUGCAAGUGAAAUCAUUAGAACAGACAAGCAUGCUUAUAUGAAAUCCUUGUGUGAAAAGCUGCUCAACAAGGAUGAUGUUAUCACAGGAUUUCACACCUACAGACAGCUGUUUGCCAUUAGCAAGGAAUCCGAUUGUGAUCAUGAACCUGUAGUCAAAAAAAUCAGAUAUGAACAAGAUGAUGAGAUACACAGCAGCAUUCCUGCUGCUCCAACAUUCCGCAUUUCAUGUAAAAUCAGUGGAAGAUUUAGAGGGAGUAUUCACACACAGCAUUUGUCACAAAAGUUAGGAGCAAAAGUUGUCAGUUCCAUGGGCUGGAAAGUUGAUUUGAAACAUCCACAAAUUGAGAUCUGUGUGCACAUCAAUGAUGAACAUGUGAUAGCUGGAAUACCUACCUCCAAAAUCCCAGUGUCUAAACGAAACUACAUCGCUCAACCAGGACUGAGGUCUACUAUUUCAUGGAUUAUCUGUCAUCUUGCAGACAUUGGGCCUGGAGAUGUGGUACUUGAUCCAAUGUGUGGAAAAGCUACAAUACUGGUGGAAGGAGCUCUUCUAGAGAAGACUGGUGUUUUUUGGGGGUGCGAUAACAACCCAGACCAGCUGAAGCAUGCAGUAGAGAACAUGAAAUCUGCCAGACUGGAAAACAGGCUGCAGUUUGUGUUCUGCAAUUCACUGGAACUCCCAUUCCGAAGUAGCAGUAUUGACAGAGUUGUUUGUGACGCUCCGUUUGGACAGAAGUUCACCACAGACAUAAACCUGGGGGAUUUCUACACUCGGCUACUUAAAGAAAUACUGAGAGUUCUGAAAUGCAAAGGUAAAGCCGUUGUCAUGACAAGCUCUGACAUGAGAUUGUCUGUUCUGAAACAGUUAAACACAUGUAACAACAGUGAGGCCAUGACAUCACCUUCUGAAAUACUGAGCACUCCUAGUGAUAACAACAAACACACUGCAUCUUUGGAUGGUCCAAGAAGUUUAUCUCAGAAAAGUCUACACCAGCCAGUGUCAGAUGACCAGUUAGAGGAAGGCAUUGGAAAUAAUAGUGAAAAUUCUUCAUAUGGUCAGAGACGGAAUAUGUCACAGAUGUUGAAGUGUUCUGAGAAAACUAACACAGAAUCUGAUACCAAAACUGUCAGUGUUCCACAAAUUCAAUCAGAUUCCUGCAACAGUGUGGGAAGGGAAACAUAUCAAGAGACUAGGUCAUCUGGAAAUACUUGUGACACUUCAGCAUCCGCUAAAUCAAAAACCAGUAAUGUGUCGGAUGGAUCCAGUGACCAACACAAGAGAAAAGAAACAUCUAACAUAGUAACACUGGCAGAUGGUGCUCAGCUUGUUCUGUUGGAAGACCACUAUGUUAAACUAGGGGAGACACCUGCACAUAUAAUAGUAAUGCAAAAACAGUCAUCAGAAAUACAGUAACGCCUCUCAAAACCAGACCAUCUGUAAACCGGAAUUCUCUCAAAACGGGAUGUUUUUCACAGCCUCUUUUCAAAUAUCAGUACACAAGAGAACCUUUAUAAACAGGAUACUUCUUAAUACUGGACUUUUUACUUGGUCUCGAGGAUGUCCCGUUUAGGGGAGUUUCACUAUAAAAAAUUAUCAACAUUUAUUCCACACUUGAUUCUCAUUAGUGACAAGACCAUUGAAUUUCUUUGCUUUUUUUUGUAAAUUCUUUAUUUGUUUAUACAUAUAUAUUAUGUAACAGAACAAUAGUUCAGCUGCUAGUUUGAAAAGUUCAUUGCCUUUAUAGAAGACUUGAACAUGAUACUAACACUAAUAAAUAAAGGAACCUCCAUGGAGGGGGAUUUCAACCUGCAA